CGCAAGCGCAGUUGUGCGCUUGCUGGGAUCCUUACGCCUUGGGCAUCAACUGAGGACAGAAGACAAAUACAAAGACCGGGCCGAGGUUCACUAUUGAGGUCCAAUACUGGAGCAACACCUUCGCGCACGGUGCUUUUUUCAACACAGCUCCUGGUCUGCACUCAGGACCAGUCGGGCGCCACACCAACACAACAUCUCACCACCGUCCUCAAGCAUUUUCCGCCGCGUGACAACACCGUCCGUCGCCACCCUUUGCACAUCAUUUCCGACCAUGUGCGAGUCACAGAUCAGCGAGAAACCACGGCAGCUGCCCCAAGACCUUCAGGAGCAGCCGUCCGCUCCUGAUUCUCCGCCCCACGAACCAGCCGUCACUUCCUCCAGCCCCUCCACUGCCGCUGUCCGCUGCGUGCUGCUGGGCUGGUUGUCCGAGGUGGCUGACUGGCUGCAGCUGGGCGGCCCCACACUGGUGGCGGGGGUGAGGCUGCUGGACGCCUUCCUGGAGAAACAGUCCCUGCGCCCGCCCGACUCGCUGCUGCAGCUGCUGGCGCUCACGUGCCUGGCGGAGGCCACCCGCGCAGGGGAGCCGCACAUCCGGCCCAGCCUGCACGAGUGGGCCAGUCUGGCGGUCAACCCGGCCACCGGGGAGCCGCUGUACGAGAUUGAGGAUUUCAAGCGCAUGCGCAGUCUGCUGGUUGCAACGCUUGAUGGCGAGACCAAGGUUGCCCGCUUGUGCGCAGCGGUCGAGCACUGCAACUGAGGAUUCACACACCGCCGCUGCUUCACCUUCUCACCUUCCCCGUCUCAGUUCCUGUGUCAAGCCCACCCAUGGGUCACGGACAUGAAGGCCGUGUCAAAUACCGGCAGAGUUAGUCAUUUUGUUGCUAAGGUCGAACGCAGCGGAAUUACCUGGUGUCAAUUAUUCGUCGCAAUGUUGCGAUGUGUAUAUGGCUUCCCUGGGGUUGUUCACUGUCUACAAUACCUUGCUUACGGCAAUGCCCUCUCCUUUACUGGCAUAUGGCAUACGGCACCCUUUUGUCGGCGUCGGCACAUUCUACAUCUACACAUGGAAACCAGUCGGGGCAACCUUCUUUUGCCCUGACCCGUGAUCCAACUCUCUCUUCCCUCUUCUUACUCUUCUUCUUACUCUUGCUCAACUUCUGGUUUUCGUCUUUCGGGUCUUAAACACUUACAUAUACUCUACUGUCUUCCCGGAAGUUUCGUUCCUUUGCGUCUUUCUUGUCAUCUGAUGAGUCGUUUCUUUCUUUGGCGCCAGCGCAGCAAUCAGUGCCUGAUGAUUAGGGUCACGUAUGGGCGCUCGGGUGAUGAGGUGAGACGAAUUGCGCCUUUCACCAGUGAGGAUUGACUUUUGGGUAAACUUUAAAUUACAGUGAAGAGCAGAGCGCGCAGAAAGCACGGGAUGCGGUAAUCAUGUGGUUGCAGAUUGAGGUGUACGUAGUCGUUUACCACAUGCUUUGAUAUCUGCCGCCACUGGCAGGGUAUGUAUGCGCUGUAUGCAUAUGCGUAUCAGCGCGCGCGACCCGUUGUUGUUGAGAGGCGUCUUUGAGUGGUGGAGCUCCCUUUCCAAGGCCUCCGUUUCCUUGUUUUCCUCUAUUUUCUCAUCACUGGAUGGGGCCCUACUAGGGCAGCUUUGGAAGCUAGCUGUAGCUGUGUGAUUCGAAAACUGGUGGAUAUGCGUAGCAGAGCGUCGAGAGCUCCUCCUCCUUCGGAAUUGCGACGGGUGGGUGGUUCGGGAUCUUACUGUUCAGGGGGUACUUUUAGGAUAGGCAGAUUCUAGGAUAGGCGUCCAGGAUAGUGACAAAAGCGGGAAAGCAGAAAGGGGCAGGGGCUUGUACGUCUUAGGAAGAGGUCAAAGGGUGUUUCUGGGUAGUUAUGUCCACAAGUAGUGGUUGUGGCUUUGCAUGUCGCAUAGGUGUUGUAAGGUAGAUAGGCGCGCGUGUGUCGUACACUUGCGAUGCGUACUCUUUAGCUUGGUAGAAAUGGAAGCCUAUUGAGUAAUUGUCUUCUGGUUCGAACCCGUUGUCGUCUUUGCCUUUCUGUUGUGUUUUGCUGUGUUGUCGCCGUUGCUGAUGCUGUCCCUACUAUUUAUACGCGUAUCUUCGGGUAUUGGGUUUGGCAAUGGGGUUUGUUGGGGUUUCCAGCGUGUAGACAUACAGUUCAAUUUCAACAGCUUUAAUGCGAUGCAUCGUUGUAGUAAUACGCCCUUAAGUGGGCAUUAAUGGUAUGGCGAGAAGGCUGUAGUAGCGUGUACGGUAGUGGCUGUACGGCGCUCAGAAUGCCGUAUUGUGCUUGUUUCCUAAUGCGCCGUCGUACAUACACGUCAGCUGUGGCGUCGUACGACUUGUGCUACAGGCACUGGCCGUAGUACGAGCUAAAAAGGCGUUGAGCGUGCAGGGUAUGUAUGUAUAUGUCCGUAGUUAGUUGCAUUAUGUGUUUCAGGUGCGGUGAAGUUGCAGGAGGUGGUGUAUCGUACGGAAGAAGGAUGUUGCGGUGUAUGUGUAUUACCAUGUGAGCAGGAUUGCUCCUGGUGACAAGGAAACAGCGCAGCCGUACUUUUGGGUACGUACUCUUGCGUACGCUGAUGAGCUUUAGUUUAGUACGGAGGUAGUGUACGGCUGAUGCUGGAAUGUUGCCAGUGUACGACAUUCGACGGCAGCAGUCCUUCCAAGUAUACGUUUCGACCCGGAAAUUAUAUGCCGGGAAAUAAUGUGCUGUAACGAACUGGCAGCG